CUAAAAUGCCUUUUCAUUUUCCGUAUACUAUGACGAUACUGUUUAAAGAUCCACGAGGCUUGCUCCCUACGUUCAUUAUACCAUGUCUGAUUACAAUUAUAACGACGUACUUUUACUCACAAUCUCUGAUCCUAAUCCUGUCUACACCAUUACUCAAGUCUUUGGAGCCGUUUUUGAAUCGACUGUAGAGGACCUUAGUAGACCAUCCUCACCUGUAUCCGUACAAGCACCUAGCUUUGGUAUGUCCUCUCUUAAAAUAGAAGAUAAAUCCUCGGAUCCUGCACAAGACAUUAGAAAGAGGUCUGAAAGAUAUCGUGAGAGAGCGUUAGACAGACUUAAAGAUGCCGCAAGAGAGAAAGGUGGUAACGGUGUUAUUGGUGUAAAGUGUGAGUACACUCCAUCCGGUUUCGACGGUGACGUCCAACUCUACGAGUGGGUCGCUUCUGGUACCGUUGUCAUGCUCAAACUCAAGCAACAAAUGGUUAGAAUGGGCGGUCAAUAAAAUUAUCAUGUAUUAAUUCAUUCAUCCUUAGUUUCAUCUUCUUUUUGUUGUGUCUUCCAAGCAUGUGCCAUUUGCAAGAACUUAAGCGAUGCUGGAUUGCUCUGCUGCUCAUCAUCUGCGAAGAGCAUAUCAAAGUAUUCUUCAACACCUUCUUCGGUGUUACGCCAUUUCUUGACAACCCUAGGCAUCUUAUCUUGAACUUUCUUGACUGUUGAUUCAUCGCCAAACUCAGUUUCAAAUUCUUUCCAUGACUCCAAUAAUACAACUCU